UCAAAUACUGCAAAUAUAGUACCUAUCUUAAUAUAAGUUUUAAAUUUUAGUUAUAGUUAACAAACUAUAAUUUAUAUUAAGUCUUUAUAAUGUUGUUUAGUAUGUCUCCUUUUCGUUGCAUCUUUUAUUAUUAUCGCCCAAUUGAGGCCAGAUUUUAUCGACAUUAUUUUAUCCGCAAACAAGUCUCGAUCAUAUCGCCUACAAACCUCAACUGAGUAUUUGAUCGAUCAAGAAAAACAUUACUACGUAUUGCUAUUCCAUACAAAUUUAACUUUAUGUAUAGGAGUAACCGUAUUAUUAGCAACAGGAGCAAUGCUCUUGGCAUUCCUUCAACAUGCCUGCGGAAUGUUUAAAAUUGCUAGUUACCGUAUCAAAAAUGCAAUAGACAUUUAUAUAUCAAGUAUUAAACUAAAAAACAAGAGUUUAGUUUGCAAAGGCCUCAUUUACGGUGUACAUAUUCAUCGGACAGCAAUGAUGUUUUCCGACUAUCUAAUGUCUAGAUUUGAGAUAUGUUUCAUAUUUUUAACAGUACUCAGUGUAAUUGCUUUGAGCCUUAAUACUUUUCGACUUUUUCAGAUUUUAUCAUUAUCCACAUAUAAUACUGAGGAACUUCCAAUAACUUUUAUAUCAACAUGUAUUUGUUUUAUAUACAUGUUCUUAGCCAACUUUACCGGACAACAAAUUAUAGAUCAUUAUGAUCUCAUAUUUGCCACUGCAUACGAAGCUCAGUGGUACAUAACUCCUUUAUACAUACAAAAAUUGAUACAAUUUCUAUUGCUAAAAGGCAACAAGUCUUUUGGUCUGAAUGUCGGUGGAUUGUUUAUAUCGUCCUUACAGUGUUUUGCUACGCUAGCAAACGCAUCCUUGUCUUAUUUUAUUGUUAUCUAUUCUAUGCAAUAAUGACGGAGAGAGGUACGUUUCGAUUGGUAUAGUAUAG